UUUGGCUGGGUCUCGGAAAAUAUUCCAAUAAAGUCCGUAAUAAUGCGACAUUUUAUUGUGUUGAUUAUAUUGGGGAUUUUCGUGCAGUGCUGCAGGACAAACAAUUGGGAUGGAGAGAUAAGUACAGCCAGUCGAUUUUGCUACGUAACUGUUAAACCCAUUUUGGGUCAUCUAAUGACCGUGCUGAGGCACUUGGAAGUCUGUGAGGCAGCAAGACCGAUCGAUGUAGUUGAAAGAUUGGACAAAAUCCAAGCUCUAUUAGUGACUCAACAACAACAAACUCAAUCAUUAGUGGACUCUCAUGCAAAGGCGCCAGUGGAGCAUCAGUUGGCGACAUUCGAAAAGAUCGAAACUCACCUGGAUAGACUCAGUAGCCAACAGACCCAGCAAAAGGAACAAUUAAUGAAUCAGAAACUCGAAGAUUCGGCGGACAAAAUAAGAAAACUAGAGAUCCAAUUGGCCACCCAAUCGGAGAAGCUUUCCUCGUCCGAAUCGAUUAUAAGCCAAUCUGAACGUAACUUAAAGGAGCUAAACCAAUUGGUUGACAAGUAUAAAGAGGCAAGGUUGAAGAGCUUUCAAAGAAUCCGCUCAAAAUACUAUUAUAUUGAAGAAAAGGAACGACUUAGUUGGGAGGCUUCUUCGAAGAGGUGUAGGCAAAUGGGCGGCCAUCUGCUCAGUUUGCAGAGCCAAGCCGAGUACGAGGCCGUCAACACGCAAUUGACCAGCGGAGAACUAUACUGGAUAGACGUCAAUGACCAGGUGAAAGAGGGUCUUUAUGUAUCACACACUGGUCACGAUGCUAAUUUCCUAUACUGGAGGCUUUCACCCGAUAAUUAUAACAACGAAGACUGCAUUGAAUUAAGUCCUCGCCUGGGAAUGAAUGACAACAAUUGCAACUACAAGAACAAUUUCAUUUGUGAGAUUUCUGCAGAGUUGGAAUAAAGCUCCUAGGAAACACUUGUUUUUUA